AUGCUAAGCGUACAGAACGAAACAAACCGAAGUCCCAACAUUGGACUUGAUUGUACUAACAAUGGGAAUUAUGAAAACUCCAAGAACUUACCACCACUACCGCCUCCGCUUUCUCCGCCGCCAAUAUCACAACCAAGAUUGAUCAAUAUGGGCGAUGAGAGGCGAGUAUUGAAAGGUAGCGGUAACCAACCUGAUAAUUUUGAAGAUCAAGUGAAAAAGAGCACCUUGCCUCACGACGAGAGAGUCAAUCAAGAAGCUGAGAAUGCUCUCAAUAUUAUCAAGGCGAGUCAUAAAAGUUGGAUUAGUAUAAUGAUUAAAACAAUCGAUAAAUCGAGACCUGACCUUAUUUAUACUGGCAAAAGAAGUAGAAACACCAUUUCACCUGAAGAUUGGAAUGACAAUAAGCGCAAUGCAAUGGGAAAUCGAACGUCACAUAGAGUAUUAGUAAAAAACUACUUUGACCAUCUGGUUGCAUUUAUCAACGAAGCGCCUGUCAGUGCAGUAUUUAAGUAUAUUGCUUCCAAGAUGCUACGUGUAGAUGACUUUGACCAAGUUUGCCCCGUAGGCUUAAAGCCAAACUACCUUGAUUUAAGGAUCAAAGGGAAGAGAGUGACAAAUCUAUUUAUUACAAAACAACUGAUGGACUAUGUAGAAAUAACGUUGUCUCCAUUAUUAAGACACACGGGGUUUUCUGCAUUGAUGAACACCAGUAAAUAUAUGCACAAACAGAAUUUCACUUCUAAGAUUUUGCGCCUAAUUGGGUUCUCAGAAGAUGUCAAUCUUAUGACAGUUUCUUUGACAAUUGUGAUUUUUAUUACCCGAUACAUCUAUAUCAAGGGAAUAGAUGUCUCUCCGGCAAUAGCCUUUAUGGAAGGGGUACUGGAUGGAAAUGAGGUAGCAGAAUUAUUGAAUGGCAUCAAUAACAGCGACGACGACCCUGAAGAAGUGGUUGGAAAGUCGUUAUUCGCACACAUGUUUUCUUGGAAAGAAUGUGCAAAAAGAACCGAUUUAUUAGCAUUAUUAUCAUGGGCUAGAAAAGUUUCCAUGUGUUUGAAACUAGAAGAGAAAUACGAAUUUAUAUCCACGAUACUCGAUGAAUUGAAUAAUUAUCAGAACAGGGAAAUCAAUUAUGAAAGGGUAAUAGAUUGUGUCAGUAAAUUCCGAAGCUCGUUUAAAGACGGCGGCCACAUAGAACUGGUCGAGUCCAUUGCUGAUGUUGAUUUUGACUGCAAAAUCCAAUGGCUACUUUUACAGUUUGACCUCGAAGGAGUCACUGGAUUCAGAGAGAGCAACAAAAGACGUAGAGUUGAUGUGCCAGAAUCAGGUUGUCUAACCGUUAAAAAACGAAAGGAUGAGACUGCAUUUGAGAAUGGAGAAGGCGAAAAUAAGGAGACAAAUCUAGAACAUACGAAUCUAAUAAACAGGAAAAUUGAGCAUUCAGAACUAGAGCCGAAAAUUAAACUAAAAGAAGGAAACUGGUCAAGUGAGGAAAAAAACGAAAAGCGAAAAACUGAACAAAAACAAGGGGAGCUCAUUGUACUUAAGUCUGAUGAUGAAGAACCUGAACAAGUUAACUCAGAGAUACACGAACUGAAAAAUGAAAUCCAAGAAGCAUGUAACAAAGAAUCAAAGGAGAAACACCAAAAUAAUCUUGGAAAGAUCUUGAAACAAACAGAAAGAGAAAAAGAAGAAGGGCCAAUAUGCCGAAAAGAUUAUAAAAAGAAUUCGGACAUACAGCUAAAAAAUGAACCAAAAUUUGCAAGAGAAAAUCUUCCCAUCACCAAUAAAAUCACGGAGCAACAAAACGGCGAAUUGCCAAUAACAGCUGUCAAGAAAUCAGUAGCAGUACAAGGUAAUAAAAGUACAGACAAAGCGAAGAAUAUCGAAUGGAUAAAAUCAAGCCUGGAGAGUGAGUCUACCAAUUUCAGUCAUGUUCCUAGGCAGCGUUUUAACUAUCCAGAAUUAAAAUUCAGUAAUGGUUUUAACGGCAUAUCCAAACCGGCCUUUAAAAAAAUCCAUUUUGAGAGACCUGUGGAUAACCACUACAGAACUUAUCCCGGUUACUAUUCUAACGAUAAGUACUCGGGAUACUAUGAGAAUAGCUUACAUAGGCAUCCUCAAAAUUUUAGACCUCCCAAAUCUAAUUACAGAGCUAGGAGAAGGAGAGAAUAUCAAUUUCUUCCGAGAGGAAACGGUAACGUUUUCACUAAUCCGAUACCGCACAAAUAUUAUCCGCCUGCAUUAGAGUGGUGCUCAUAUUGCGGUGUUGCGCAUGUGCCUGGAAUACAUCCGUUUGUUAACGGUGAAUUAAAUCCAAAUACUCCGACAAGUAAAGUGAUGAUUUAUCGUAAAUACGAUGAGGAGCAUAGGAAAACUGGUAGGUACAAGGAUUACUGA